GGCUUGACAACGAACCAGGAAGCCUCGUUUGUAUCUAAUCAAUGGGGUUUUUUUUAAGUCUAGCCUUUUUUUAAGUCUAUAGAAAUCCAGUGGAAGAACUUCUCGAAUGAAGUUUGACCUCCACCUCGAGAUGUGACGCUUUGCAUUGCGGUAGUUGUAGUACUUGUUUCCUAAAUACGUGAGGAUAUCAGGUUUUCUGCAAACUACUAUUCCCGGGAAGCGUUGCGAGUAGAAUGGCGGGGUAAUUUGCGACUAUGAGGGAGUGAAAGGUCGCGUGCCCUUCUGUUUCUUAAAAGUAAAUCAACAAGUGAAAGCUGCACGAAAAGAUCGGUUUGGUUUUUCUUACCACACCCAUGCAUAGUUCGCGAACGGAAUAAACUAGGGACAAUAAAUUCGAUUCUCUGUAUAGGAUGGAAGAAGGUUUAGUAUAAUUGCUAUAUAGUGGGGCUUGAUCUGACCUCGCUAUGCUUUCCUCUCUCAUGCGGGGCAUUCACGUUAGUGACAAGCUCCUGGGAUCCCCGGUGUUGCUUGCACAUCACAGGAAGGUGUUUCUAAGAACUUGGGCGUGCUUCAGGUUAGGGCAAGGGCUGAGUCAUGUCAAAUCUGGCUUGCGCCCUGGGAUAGCCUUUGAGGAUGCGAAGCGAAACAUCUGGAGGUCCGAAGGACCCGUGCGAGCUGGGAAAUCUGAGAGCAGCAGCACGCAGGUGCCUGUGCAAAGAAGCCAAAAAGGAGGAGCAUCCGUGUCAGCUACUCAAAAAGUGAAAGAAGCUGGACGAGAUUUCACCUACUUAAUAGUGGUGGUGGUUGGGAUCGGCGUUACAGGUGGUUUAUUCUAUGUGAUUUUCAAAGAGUUGUUCUCUUCCUCCAGCCCCAGUAAGAUCUAUGGAGAUGCCUUGGAGAAAUGCAGAGCUCACCCUGAGGUAAUAGGUGUUUUUGGCGAGCCCAUAAAAGGUUAUGGCGAAGCAACACGCCGUGGAAGAAGACAACUUGUCAGUCAUAUAGAAUAUGUAAAAGAUGGACUGAAAUAUAUGCGCCUAAAGUUCUACAUUGAAGGCUCAGAAAAAGGAAGACAAGGGACAGUUCAUCUGGAAGUAAAAGAGAAUCCUCAAAGUGGAAAAUACGAGUACCGUUACAUAUUUGUAGAUAUUGAUGUCUACCCUAGACGGACCAUAAUAGUUGAAGACAAUAGAUAGUGACAGAAUUGAAAGAAUCUUUUGCUGUUGUGAUCCUUGGCAAUGGUGGAAUUGGAAUUUGAGGAGUAACCUGAUUUUCAUCCCUCCAUUCAGACUGCAUCGUGUUUGACUCGGCACAACAUGCCUUUCCAAGCUCUCUCUCUUUUUUUUGCUCCUCUAACAUGCUUUUAAUUAUGUCCAGUUUUUCCAAAACUUCUGUUAGCCUCUAAAAUAUAAUUUUCACAGUUUGUGCUGUUAAUAUGCUGCCAGCUGUUGGGAGCAAUCCAAUGGUAUUCCAGAUCCCUCCACUGAGUUUUUCUUGUACUCAUUGAAAAUUCAGUCCUUUUAUUGCCUCAGUAGGCUUUUUGUAUGAUCAAACCCAAAACCCAGUGACCAACCACACCUUUUAAAGCUUAAAAGUUUUAUUCAAAGACUUGAGGCAUGUAGAAUGGUAAUGUGCAGCAAAAGAUACAUAAAAUAUAAAUGCAUGGCAAAGAUACAUUAAAAUAUAAACAUAAGCAAACUAAAACAUUCUAAGAAGCACAAAGUAUGUGGCACUUGAAGCUACUAUUAAAAAGUGAUAUUGUGAACAAUAUAAUCCUAUAUAAUAAAACCCUAAGGUACCUGCA